AUGAUCCACCGCGAAGUAGCCGAUGGUCUAGAGCGUCUUUGGAACCAUGUGGCAGACCAGGUUGAUAAGAGGUACUUGAUUAGAUUCAGUUAUAUUGAAAUCUACAAUGAAAAGAUCAAUGACCUCCUGGAUAAGAGCAAUCAGGGUUUAACUAUAAGAGAAGAUAUCAAAGGAAAUGUGCUGCUUGAUGCAAGGGAAGCUGUCGUAGACAAUGUUGAUCAAGUUAUGGAGAACAUGAUGCAGAGCAAUAAGAUCAGACGAGUUGCAGCUACUCGCAUGAAUGAGAGGUCAUCUCGAUCACACACGAUUUUCCGGAUUAUUCUGGAGUCGAAAGAUGCCAAUCAGAAAGAUGGACCUGUACAUAUAAGCUACCUUAACUUAAUGGACUUAGCUGGUUCUGAGAGAGUUUCUCUGACGAAAGCUGCUGGUGAGCGUCUUAAAGAGGGGGCUAACAUAAACAAAUCUUUGUCAGUAUUAGGAAAUGUGAUAAGGCAACUAAGCGAGGGAUUCGGUAUCCCUGCCAUCGACGUUUGCGGAUUCUGUAGGCAGCAGAUAAGCCUGCUCUCUUUGGUGAAAUUCCAAUGUGAAAAGCAGACCGUUAUAACAAAUCUAAAGCAUGUGGCAGACCAGGUUGAUAAGAGGUACUUGAUUAGAUUCAGUUAUAUUGAAAUCUACAAUGAAAAGAUCAAUGACCUCCUGGAUAAGAGCAAUCAGGGUUUAACUAUAAGAGAAGAUAUCAAAGGAAAUGUGCUGCUUGAUGCAAGGGAAGCUGUCGUAGACAAUGUUGAUCAAGUUAUGGAGAACAUGAUGCAGAGCAAUAAGAUCAGACGAGUUGCAGCUACUCGCAUGAAUGAGAGGUCAUCUCGAUCACACACGAUUUUCCGGAUUAUUCUGGAGUCGAAAGAUGCCAAUCAGAAAGAUGGACCUGUACAUAUAAGCUACCUUAACUUAAUGGACUUAGCUGGUUCUGAGAGAGUUUCUCUGACGAAAGCUGCUGGUGAGCGUCUUAAAGAGGGGGCUAACAUAAACAAAUCUUUGUCAGUAUUAGGAAAUGUGAUAAGGCAACUAAGCGAGGAUGUAUAUGGAUCUGUAGUAAAACCUUUAGUCGAUUCCUUCAUGGAAGGUUUCAAUGCCACAAUAUUUGCAUAUGGCCAAACAUCUUCUGGCAAAACACACACCAUUUUGGGCAAUAAAACAGAUCCUGGGCUUUUCCAAUUAGUAUCCAAUCAGUUAUUCCAGCAUGUGGCAGACCAGGUUGAUAAGAGGUACUUGAUUGGAUGCAGUUAUAUUGAAAUCUACAAUGAAAAGAUCAAUGACCUCCUGGAUAAGAGCAAUCAGGGUUUAACUAUAAGAGAAGAUAUCAAAGGAAAUGUGCUGCUUGAUGCAAGGGAAGCUGUCGUAGACAAUGUUGAUCAAGUUAUGGAGAACAUGAUGCAGGGCAAUAAGAUCAGACGAGUUGCAGCUACUCGCAUAAAUGAGAGGUCAUCUCGAUCACACACGAUUUUCCGGAUUAUUCUGGAGUCGAAAGAUGCCAAUCAGAAAGAUGGACCUGUACAUAUAAGCUACCUUAACUUAAUGGACUUAGCUGGUUCUGAGAGAGUUUCUCUGACGAAAGCUGCUGGUGAGCGUCUUAAAGAGGGGGCUAACAUAAACAAAUCUUUGUCAGUAUUAGGAAAUGUGAUAAGGCUAAGCGAGGGGAAGGAGUUUAUCAGUUAUCGCGAUUCGAAAUUGACUAGACUGCUCUCACAGGCUCUUGGCGGAAAUGUGCUGCUUGAUGCAAGGGAAGCUGUCGUAGACAAUGUUGAUAAAGUUAUGGAGAACAUGAUGCAGGGCAAUAAGAUCAGACGAGUUGCAGCUACUCGCAUGAAUGAGAGGUCAUCUCGAUCACACACGAUUUUCCGGAUUAUUCUGGAGUCGAAAGAUGCCAAUCAGAAAGAUGGACCUGUACAUAUAAGCUACCUUAACUUAAUGGACUUAGCUGGUUCUGAGAGAGUUUCUCUGACGAAAGCUGCUGGUGAGCGUCUUAAAGAGGGGGCUAACAUAAACAAAUCUUUGUCAGUAUUAGGAAAUGUGAUAAGGCAACUAAGCGAGGGGAAGGAGUUUAUCAGUUAUCGCGAUUCGAAAUUGACUAGACUGCUCUCACAGGCUCUUGGCGAUGUAUAUGGAUCUGUAGUAGAACCUUUAGUCGAUUCCUUCAUGGAAGGUUUCAAUGCCACAAUAUUUGCAUAUGGCCAAACAUCUUCUGGCAAAACACACACCAUUUUGGGCAAUAAAACAGAUCCUGGGCUUUUCCAAUUAGUAUCCAAUCAGUUAUUCCAGCAUGUGGCAGACCAGGUUGAUAAGAGGUACUUGAUUAGAUGCAGUUAUAUUGAAAUCUACAAUGAAAAGAUCAAUGACCUCCUGGAUAAGAGCAAUCAGGGUUUAACUAUAAGAGAAGAUAUCAAAGGAAAUGUGCUGCUUGAUGCAAGGGAAGCUGUCGUAGACAAUGUUGAUAAAGUUAUGGAGAACAUGAUGCAGGGCAAUAAGAUCAGACGAGUUGCAGCUACUCGCAUGAAUGAGAGGUCAUCUCGAUCACACACGAUUUUCCGGAUUAUUCUGGAGUCGAAAGAUGCCAAUCAGAAAGAUGGACCUGUACAUAUAAGCUACCUUAACUUAAUGGACUUAGCUGGUUCUGAGAGAGUUUCUCUGACGAAAGCUGCUGGUGAGCGUCUUAAAGAGGGGGCUAACAUAAACAAAUCUUUGUCAGUAUUAGGAAAUGUGAUAAGGCAACUAAGCGAGGGGAAGGAGUUUAUCAGUUAUCGCGAUUCGAAAUUGACUAGACUGCUCUCACAGGCUCUUGGCGAUGUAUAUGGAUCUGUAGUAAAACCUUUAGUCGAUUCCUUCAUGGAAGGUUUCAAUGCCACAAUAUUUGCAUAUGGCCAAACAUCUUCUGGCAAAACACACACCAUUUUGGGCAAUAAAACAGAUCCUGGGCUUUUCCAAUUAGUAUCCAAUCAGUUAUUCCAGCAUGUGGCAGACCAGGUUGAUAAGAGGUACUUGAUUAGAUGCAGUUAUAUUGAAAUCUACAAUGAAAAGAUCAAUGACCUCCUGGAUAAGAGCAAUCAGGGUUUAACUAUAAGAGAAGAUAUCAAAGGAAAUGUGCUGCUUGAUGCAAGGGAAGCUGUCGUAGACAAUGUUGAUAAAGUUAUGGAGAACAUGAUGCAGGGCAAUAAGAUCAGACGAGUUGCAGCUACUCGCAUGAAUGAGAGGUCAUCUCGAUCACACACGAUUUUCCGGAUUAUUCUGGAGUCGAAAGAUGCCAAUCAGAAAGAUGGACCUGUACAUAUAAGCUACCUUAACUUAAUGGACUUAGCUGGUUCUGAGAGAGUUUCUCUGACGAAAGCUGCUGGUGAGCGUCUUAAAGAGGGGGCUAACAUAAACAAAUCUUUGUCAGUAUUAGGAAAUGUGAUAAGGCAACUAAGCGAGGGGAAGGAGUUUAUCAGUUAUCGCGAUUCGAAAUUGACUAGACUGCUCUCACAGGCUCUUGGCGAUGUAUAUGGAUCUGUAGUAAAACCUUUAGUCGAUUCCUUCAUGGAAGGUUUCAAUGCCACAAUAUUUGCAUAUGGCCAAACAUCUUCUGGCAAAACACACACCAUUUUGGGCAAUAAAACAGAUCCUGGGCUUUUCCAAUUAGUAUCCAAUCAGUUAUUCCAGCAUGUGGCAGACCAGGUUGAUAAGAGGUACUUGAUUAGAUGCAGUUAUAUUGAAAUCUACAAUGAAAAGAUCAAUGACCUCCUGGAUAAGAGCAAUCAGGGUUUAACUAUAAGAGAAGAUAUCAAAGGAAAUGUGCUGCUUGAUGCAAGGGAAGCUGUCGUAGACAAUGUUGAUAAAGUUAUGGAGAACAUGAUGCAGGGCAAUAAGAUCAGACGAGUUGCAGCUACUCGCAUGAAUGAGAGGUCAUCUCGAUCACACACGAUUUUCCGGAUUAUUCUGGAGUCGAAAGAUGCCAAUCAGAAAGAUGGACCUGUACAUAUAAGCUACCUUAACUUAAUGGACUUAGCUGGUUCUGAGAGAGUUUCUCUGACGAAAGCUGCUGGUGAGCGUCUUAAAGAGGGGGCUAACAUAAACAAAUCUUUGUCAGUAUUAGGAAAUGUGAUAAGGCAACUAAGCGAGGGGAAGGCGUUUUUGGCGGUUAAUGCCAAAUCAUUGAUUAUCGGGAAUGUUACUUUAGCUGCAGAGGAGGAGACUAGAUCUACACCAGAAUUCGCCCAAAGCACUAAAACUGUCAAAAAUAAAACGAAAGUAAACAUCUUGUCAGCUACAGAAGAGACACUUCAAGGAUAUCAGAACUUGACUCGCGAUCUCGAAACUCGGCUCAAAAAGCAGGCAAUUAAGCUAAAAGAGAUGGAAAAGCAAACAAGAGUAUCUGCUCGAGAUAGAAAGACUAAAAACGGAAGUAUCUAUUGUCGGGCGCUUUCAAAUGGGAGCCUCGGCAUCAACACCGAAAAAAACAUUAAGACGUCAUACUUUUGGACACUAUGGCAACGUAUCACCUAA